GCUCUCGUCCGCUAGGGGCUUCUCUCCCCGGGUCUCGGGACUCCCGGGAAGUGGUCUGUCUGGCUGAGGAGGGGGCUAGCUAGCUGUCUCUGCGGACCUAGUGGAGGCCCCGGCGUGAGGCGGCCUCUUAGAGUCCGGUGGGCUGGCGAGCCGACGCUGCGGAAAAGAAGGUUGUGAAGAGUGCGUGGGGCAAGGGCCGGCACAGAGGCCGGCACUGGAACCAUGGCCCCACAGAACCUGGGCACCUUCUGCCUGUUGCUGCUGUACCUCAUCGGGGCCGUGAUCGGCGGGCGAGAUUUCUAUAAGAUCUUGGGGGUACCUCGCAGUGCCUCUAUAAAGGAUAUUAAAAAGGCCUACAGGAAACUAGCCCUGCAGCUUCAUCCUGAUCGGAACCCUGAUGAUCCACAAGCUCAGGAGAAAUUCCAGGAUCUGGGUGCUGCUUAUGAGGUUCUAUCAGAUAGUGAGAAACGGAAACAAUAUGACACUUACGGUGAAGAGGGAUUAAAAGAUGGCCAUCAGAGCUCCCAUGGAGACAUUUUUUCACAUUUCUUUGGAGAUUUUGGUUUCAUGUUUGGAGGGACUCCUCGUCAGCAAGACCGAAAUAUUCCAAGAGGAAGUGACAUUAUUGUAGAUCUAGAAGUCACUUUGGAAGAAGUCUAUGCGGGAAAUUUUGUGGAAGUAGUUAGAAACAAACCUGUGGCAAGGCAGGCUCCUGGCAAACGAAAAUGUAACUGUCGGCAAGAGAUGCGGACCACCCAGCUGGGCCCAGGGCGCUUCCAGAUGACCCAGGAGGUGGUCUGUGAUGAGUGCCCUAAUGUCAAACUAGUGAAUGAAGAACGAACACUAGAGGUAGAAAUAGAACCUGGCGUGAGAGAUGGCAUGGAAUACCCCUUUAUUGGAGAAGGGGAACCUCACGUGGAUGGGGAACCAGGAGACUUGCGGUUCCGAAUCAAAGUUGUCAAGCACCCGAUAUUUGAAAGGAGAGGAGAUGAUUUGUACACAAAUGUGACAAUCUCACUGGUUGAGUCUCUGGUGGGCUUUGAUAUGGAUAUCGCUCACUUGGAUGGUCACAAGGUCCAUAUUUCCCGGGAUAAGAUCACCAGACCAGGAGCCAAGCUAUGGAAGAAAGGGGAAGGGCUCCCCAACUUUGACAAUAACAACAUCAAGGGCUCAUUGAUAAUCACUUUUGAUGUGGAUUUUCCAAAAGAACAACUAACAGAGGAAGCAAGAGAAGGUGUCAAACAGCUUCUGAAACAAGGGUCAGUGCAGAAGAUAUACAAUGGACUGCAAGGAUACUAAGAGUGAAUAAAAUUGGACUUUGUUUAAAA